GCUUUGGGACUGAAGACUUCGAGGUGUGGCAUCGGCCUGUGAAAAGAACGAUCAGAAAAGGGCGAAAAAGCGAACCGAGGGAAAUUGCUUUGGCUCCCACUAGCGAUGGCCUCCAACCAAAUGGCUUUGGCUCAGAAAGCGAACAAUUCGGGAAUAGUCCCCUCGAACACUUCCACGUGUUGUUGGUGGAAGGGCUUUGAGUCUCGACUGGUAGGGGUUGACCGAACAUCUGGGCUGAGAAUGGCCGUUCGGCACUCGUGAAGUUCUCAUAUGCUUCUGCGGUUGAACAUGGGAAUCUGGGGGAGAACUUCUCACCUUGAGAUACUGGCUCAGUUUACCAAGGUAAUGUUGAAAGACUUGAUCAGAUAUCCAUUAUAUAAAUGGGCCUGAGUUGAAUCGAGGGAGGCUUGCAGCCAAUUUGUGAAUCGUUUAUCCUCCCUUCUACGAACGCUUUGGUGGAAGCAAGACAGCUUACAUCAAAGGCUUGCACAAAUCCAGACACAAAAACACGGGUCACAACAGUCACAAAGGACACAAACAAUGAGGUGCCGUUCUCUUUGCAAGCGUUCCAUCUGCCAUGCAUGUGACCUCCCACGUCCGAUGACGCCUGAGGCGGAGGCCAAAGAGAUCCGCGAGGAAGCUGCGAAGCCUGACUUGUGGAAUGAUGCUGCGGGUGCGCAGGCUGUUAUAGCCAAGCUUCAGCGUCUGGAGGCUGUGGAGAAACGCGCUGCGGCCUACCGGAGCAUUGCUGAGGAGGUGCAAACAGCCUUGGAGUUGGCCGAGGAAGCUGAGAAUGCGGGUGACCUCGAUGAGUCUGCCAUGCUGCGGGAUGAGGCCUCGAUGGCCUUGCAGCGAUGGGACUCCGAGGUCUCCCAAGCGGAGGUGGAGAUGAUGAUGGGUGGGCACUAUGAUGGCAACAGUUGCCAGAUCAACAUCUUUGCUGGCGCUGGUGGCGAUGAAGCAUGUGAUUGGGUUUGCAUGCUGGAGCGCAUGUACACGAACUAUGCUCAGCAAAAAGGCUGGUCAGCCAAACGCGUGGGCUUCACUGAAGGUGACAACAUUGGCCUCAAGAGCGUGGACAUGGAAGUUACAGGAGACUACGCUUUUGGCAUGAUGCGGCGAGAGACUGGCACCCACAGGCUGGUGCGGAUUUGGAAUGGCAGACGUCAGACCACCUUCGCGGGAGUGGAGGUGGUACCACUCUUGCCCGACGACGCGGUCGACGCGCUGGAAAUCGAUCCCAAGGAGCUCACGUGGCACACCUUUCGAUCAGGUGGCAAGGGUGGCCAGAAUGUGAACAAAGUUGAGACAGGCGUGCGAGUCACCCACGAGCCGUCCGGCAUCGCAGUCAAGUGUACUGCAGAGCGCAGCCAAAUUCUUAACAGAAAGAAGGCUCUAGCCCAGCUGAAAGCGAAGCUGCUGAUGAUUCAGGAGCAACAAAAAGUGAAGGAACUUCAAUCUAUUCGCGGCGACCUGGUGUCAGCAGAGUGGGGUGCACAGGUGCGCAACUAUGUGCUGCAACCCUACACUUUGGUCAAGGAUGUCCGCAGCGGUCAUGAACGAGGAGAUGCUGACCGAGUCCUCAACGGGGAUCUGGAUUCUCAUGUGGAUGCCUUGCUGCGCAUGGAUUCGCAGAAAAAGCCGGACGAAGUUGUUCGACACGUCGCCAUAGUAAUUAAGUGAAGUGAGAACAUACAGCUUU